AUGAGCACAAGCAGUUCAGGCCGCCGGAAGCGACGUGCGGGGUCUGCUCCAGACGAUAGCGACAAUAAGACCACUACGAAGACUACAAGCACUACAGCCUAUAAUCGAAACUUUCAACAAAAUCUGGUUGACCAUGGUGUCUACCCCCCUGGAUAUAAAUAUCCCAAUGGCCAGAAACCGGCAAAACCUAAUAACUGGCUUGAGCUCAAUGAACGACUGGUGCAACCCCGAGCUUCCCUCUCGCCCUCAAAGUUCUCCGAGCAAGAAUUUGAAGAGUUUAGAGAGGCGGACAUGAAUGCAUCCAAGGAGAAGCCUAUAGUAUGCUUGGCCAUUCCGAUUAUCGAAGGCCAUAUCCAUGAUGUUAGGUGUAUGGGAGGGGACUAUCCAUUUGGGAACUUUGCUCCUCUAACCGAUGGCACACUGGCAAAUGCAAAGCCAGACCACUUUUUUGGUGCUCGGCCUGAGCAGCUAAAUCGUCAAAGCCGUGAUGAGCUUAGCGACUUCAUCGUUCCGUCGACGCAGAAAGACCAUCCGAUAGCUCCAAACUUCUUUCAAGAGGCUAAAGGUCCUGACGGGUCACCUGCUGUUGCUACACGGCAAGCUUGUUACCAUGGUGCAAUGGGGGCUCGAGGAAUAUAUAAACUUCAGUCAUACAAGCAGGAUGAGCCUGCCUACGAUAAUAAGGCCUACACGAUAACAUCAACCUAUCAAGCCGGUCAACUCAAGCUCUACACAACACAUCCUACUGCCCCUCGAGAAAGCGAUGGCCGCUCUGAAUACAUUAUGACCCCGCUAAGAUCAUUUGCGAUGACUGAUAACCCAGAUACUUUUUCGGAGCGGAGCAUGCGCGUAUCGAAAUGUGCGGGAUUGGGCAAAGGAACGGAGGGACGAGUUUAUCAAAUCUGCAAACAAGAGACACACACAACCGAGUUCCACGAUGCUGCACAAUGGAGCUUCGCACACACAAAUGACAGCGCUGAGGGUCCCCCGGCUUCGACCAAGCAUACUAAAAGAGCAAGAAUCGGAGCCAGCUCAAUUAACCGUGCUGGCGGCAAGUCUCUCCAAAAUUAA